UACAAAUACAUAUUAUUCCUAUUUAAUGUCUUACAUCAACUCGGCGCUCAAAUACUGUGAAACUAUUCGCUCUAAUUUAGAUGAGAGUUCUUAUAUAACCAACUUGUCAUUAUUGAAAAGAUAAAGUCUAUUUUACACCAAAAACCCAGACAGAAAGUAAGCUAUUGUGUCUAUCAAUUUACGUGUAUAUGUGUAAACACAUACAUAGGGAGGAGCAAUCAAGAUCUGCAAUAAAAGAUGGCGGAACACAUACCCAAAUUGCUGCAGAAACAAAUGAAUUUCAAUGGUCAAAUAAAAUCACAGGAUGGACAAACACCUUCCUCCAUUGCGAAACAUUCAGUUGAGACUGGUCAUAAGAUUAACAUCAAUUCAUUAUUUGUAGUGUUGUACAAAAGCAUACAAGGACGUAUGCCAAUGUUUAUAGAAGCCUUGGCUAUACAGAAACUGAAAACCCCUUAUGUGUUUAAAAACAAUUUGUUCUUACUCCUAACCUACCCUGGUAAUACUGACUUAUUAUCCAGAGUGGUUAUCACGUUGUUUUUGUGUACUUUAUGUAUUUUCUUUGUUACGGCUUACCUUUAACCUGUCUAGUUGACCUUUUAGUUUCCAUAUAAAAAUAUCUUAACAAGUUUAUGUGUGAUCAGAUUGUUCGAA